AGAAAACCUUAGUGUCUUAUUACCACAAGAAGAGAGGAAAUCCCAUCGAUCUACACAUUUCCGACACAAGCAGCGAUGAGCUCCAUAAAGAUAAGUUAGAGGAGGAGAAUCGCAAUAAACUAUCAAAUCUAAAGAGAUACUAUAGUGAGCCCAAGCCUUUAAGAUUAAUGCAACACAAUAGGUAUCGGUCGUUAUCGGUCUCCAUUACAUCUCAAUCUCAACCUAAGCCGACGCAUGAUGUAUCCAACUGCUCCACUGAAUCACCCAUAGUCUCGCAUAGCUUUGGCGAAACAGUAAUACCAUCAAAGCCUAAUCAAGAAACUAUGAAUAAAUCACUCUUGGAUUGCACGCCAAGCACUUCUUUAGAGACAAAUUUAGGGAGGAUGGUAGAGAUGCAGAAAACGUCACCAAAACAUGUUCAAAAGAAACAACGUUGCAUUAAAGGUGGAUAUCUAUAUGAAUUCGAGAGGCUGAUGCUGACGGAGCGCAUGGAUCGUCGCAGCAUGGCUCAAAAUCAGCGUCUAGGCAUAAGCUCAGGACAACGCGUGCAAGUGCUGCGCAUAUCCGAAUCCUUUGGUGUGAAAAUGGCACAAGUAAAGCCAGAAUAUGGUGAACAGGAUAAGGAAAAAUUUAACAUUAUAAUCCCACCUAUCAUGGCAGCAAAUAUUAGAGUGGGCGCUACUCUUGAGCUUUACUUUGAUUUGAAACCAGAGACAGCAUUGAAACUUCCUAAUAACGAGCUGGUUUACGUACAUCCAAAUAAAUUAGUUUUAUUAUAAGUACACACAAUUAAGACUAAUAAUAUUUUCAAAAUAUAUU